UUGUUAUGGCUGGUUCGAAAAUGGAGGGUUCGUCGUUGCCAGCUAUAAGGCGAGACCCAUAUGAGGUAUUGUGUGUAACAAAGGAUUCAUCUGAUCAGGAGAUUAAAAGUGCUUAUAGAAAGCUUGCUCUCAAGUAUCAUCCUGACAAGAAUGCUAACAAUCCUGAAGCUUCAGAACUCUUCAAGGAGGUUGCAUACUCAUAUGGUGUUCUAUCUGAUCCAGAAAAAAGGAGACAAUAUGAUAUGGCAGGUUUUGAGGCUCUUGAUGCUGAAGGAAUAGAUAUGGAAAUUGAUUUAUCCAAUCUCGGAACAGUCAACACAAUGUUUGCAGCAUUGUUCAGCAAGUUGGGUGUUCCCAUCAAAACGACGGUCUCUGCUAAUGUUCUUGAAGAAGCUUUGAAUGGAACUGUCACAAUCCGCCCUCUUCCAAUUGGGACAUCACUUAGUGGAAAGGUUGAAAAACAAAGUGCCCAUUUUUUUGGUGUAACAGUUAGCAAUGAACAAGCGGAGGCAGGGCUUGUAGUAAGAGUUACUUCAGCAGCUCAAAGCAAGUUUAAGCUACUGUAUUUUGAACAAGAUGCGAAUGGGGGUUACGGCCUGGCUUUGCAGGAAGAUAGUGAGAAAACAGGUAAGGUAACGUCAGCAGGAAUGUAUUUCUUGCACUUUCAGGUGUACAGAAUGGAUUCAACAGUAAAUGCGUUAGCAAUGGCUAAGGACCCUGAAGCUGCUUUCUUUAAGAAGCUGGAAGGCCUUCAACCUUGUGAGGUCUUGGAACUAAAAGCUGGCACUCACAUAUUCGCUGUUUAUGGAGAUAAUUUCUUUAAACCUGCUAAUUAUGUGAUUGAGGCUCUUUGUGCCAAGUCAUAUGAGGAUACUACUGUUAAGCUCAAGGAUAUCGAGGCUCAGAUAUUGACGAAGAGAAAUGAGCUUCGGCAGUUCGAAAUAGAAUAUAGAAAGGCAUUGGCACACUUUCAGGAAGUGACCAACAGAUACACCCAAGAGAAGCAGUCUGUCGAUGAGAUGCUGAAACAAAGAGACAGUAUCCACUCUUCAUUCACAGUUUCAAGGUCAAUUGCUAAUCUAAGUGGCAGUGGAAGCGGGCAUUUCAGUAACGGAAGUAGCAGUAAAGUCCUUGGUGAAGAUUAUAAAACCGAUAGUCCAGGGGAAGAUGGCAGCUCAGACUCCAAGGACAAGUCAUCGAAGAAAAGAUGGUUCAACCUAAACCUCAAAGGAUCAGAUAAAAAGUAACUGAAAGUGGACGGUAAUCUAUGCUCUAUACUUCGUGCCGAGUCUGGAGUUCUAGCAUUGCUAGUCAAAGGCCAAAGGCAGGUGUUGCGCUGCCGGCAGAAGUCUCUUCAUAUAUUCUUUGUUCUAUUUGUUAGUGAGGUUUGAAAUAUAUAGGUUUUGUUUCGGUGUUUUGUAUCCAUGAUUCUCGGAUGUACCAUAAACUAGGCUGAUCUUCAGCUGUCAAUCCAUAUAAAAUUAUAGAAUUUAGAGGUGUUGUAAUUUCAGUCAAUGGGCAUGUUCCAUUUUGGUUGGCACUGUGAAGUCAUAAUUUUUCACUGGUGGAUAUCUCAUUGUUUACAAAAA